CUUCCCGUACUAGACAUUUAGCACUUGAGGAAGUGAAUGGCUGGUGUGAAAGGUUAGUUAGCUAAAGCUACAUACAAAACAUCCCUUAACGGUUCUGUUGAUUGAGCAUUCUGUCUUGGUUCCUGUAUAAAACACGCAAUGGCAUAUCAGCUCUACCGAAACACCACACUCGGAAACAGUUUACAAGAGAGUCUUGAUGAACUUAUACAGACUCAACAGAUUACCCCACAGUUAGCCCUGCAAGUACUGCUACAGUUUGACAAAGCCAUCAACACUGCACUGGCUAAUCGAGUUCGCAAUAGAGUCAACUUUAAAGGAUCACUGAACACCUACAGAUUUUGUGACAAUGUGUGGACAUUUGUUUUGAAUGAUGUGGAGUUCCGUGAGGUCACUGACCUGGUGAAGGUGGAUAAGGUGAAGAUAGUAGCCUGUGAUGGAAAAAACACUGGCUCUAAUACAGCAGAGUGAGGAGUUGGGAGUGCUGAUAUCGUCAGAGAGAAUAGAAGAAGAGUGCCAUACUGACAGGGGAAGAAGAGUAAGAAAGCUGGACUCCGAGAGAGGACUGUAUACAUACUAUUUAUUGCAAAUGACAGCUCUCCAUCUUUGAUAUAACAACCAGUUGCAGGACAUUUUCAUAUAUAUAUCUCCCACUUAUUUCUCUUUCUGUUUAUUAUUUUGCUUUGGUUAUGUAAUAAAUUGUUUUAAAAGAUGUGUUGUACUGUAUAUUAAAUGAAAAAUAUUUGGUAGAUUCAAAUUAAUGAUUUAAAAAUGAGGUAACCAUGGAGCUUGGAAGCAUAAAGUAUUUGAAUAUGAAUUUUGUAUAUUUAAAUUAUUGACAUAUCACAUUACAUAUUUGUUUUCUGUGGUGUAUUUAAUAAAUUUACAUUUUAGCCAA